AUCACAAUCUUUCAUUCCAUCUACUAUCUCACGGUCGAUGGUUUUUAAAAAUUGAUUUCAGAGAGACCGGAUUCAGCAGAACAGUGCAGCACGAACUCAGUGACAGGGGCAAUUCAAGUGUGCAAAGAAUCGUCGUUGAGCAAACUAUACAGUAAAGAAAAUAGAGGGAGGAACAGAAUCGGCGCCCGCGCGAUGCUUCGCUUGUUGUCACACCCGCAAUACGCACCCUGGAUCGGCUUGUUGUUGAGGUUGUUCUUGGCCUGGUUCCUUCCGUGGUUGUUGGACGAUGGCCGCUGGUUGCCUGGUGUGAGCUAYACCGACAUUGAUUUCCUCGUGUUUACGGACGCCGCCGAGUACUUAAAACGCGGGUUGUCUCCCUACGAUCGGCAUACAUAUCGGUAUACGCCAUUUCUUGCAGAGCUACUGUCGAGAUUGCCGCACAAAGAAUGCGGAAGAUAUUURUUUUGCGUUGCGGACGCCCUUUGCGGGUAUAUAAUCCUGAACGAACGCCGGGCUCGACGAAGUUUGGGACGAACCGAGAAGGAACAAACCGAUAAUUCUACCGGCAACAAGGUCCAUGGUUCGGCGUCGUCGUGGYGGUCAGUGGAGUUGGUGGAUGCUUGUUUAUGGCUCUACAAUCCACUCGCGAUCAAUAUUUGCACGAGAGGUUCAUCGGAAUCGCUCAUGGUUUUGUUACCGGUCCUGUUGACGUUUUGGAUCGCUACCGGGGGGGAACGAAGUAAAAAUGCGGACGGUWUCGCAACAUACUCUCGGAUACUUUUUGCAGGAAUUUKCCAYGGCGUCGCUGUCCAUUCCAAACUCUACCCCAUUAUCUAUUCGCUAUCGUACAUGGCGUAUUUUGCAACGCCCCCGAGAAGCAACUCGGGGGGCAUCGCUGCUGGCACUUUGCCGAAGACCUCUGUCUUUCCCUGGAAGAAUCCGGUCAAAUUGAUGCGACUGGCAAAACUUUGGAUUGGUCGGUUGCUCUUUUCACCAMAGCCAUUGUUGUUUUUGGUGAGCUUUUUCCUUACCUUUGGUUUCCUGACAUGGCUGGCGGUCUUCAUCUACGGGGAAAUCGCAAUGCAAGAAGGUCUUUUAUACCACUUCUCCAGAGUGGACCACAGACACAAUUAUUCCAUGUACUGGUAUUGGAUUUACCUUGCCCGAGCAAGAACAGCUGAUGCUGCGUUGACUCUAGCUAACACGGCAGGUAAUWGUUCUGCUAAUGCUGUCRCUGCGGCAUCCUCCAACAUGUUUUCCCUUGCAACCAUGGGUCGAUUACUGCUAUUGCCACAAGUGUUYUUGUUGGCCUAUAGCAGUCUGGGAAUAGCACCGUACAACUGUCAAUUGGGAUUGACACUAUUUUUGCAGACCUAUCUCUUUGUUACUCACAACAAGGUCAUCACAGCACAAUACUUCACUUGGUAUCUGUGCUUACUGCCAUUGUGCAGAAAUGCAAACGGCGAUCUUAUGAAAUCUCGGAGAGUCGUAAAAGCAUCAAUCKUACUGGGGAUUUCGAUUGUGCUUUGGUUGGGUUCGGCAUACUGCUUAGAAAUGCAGGGAUUUGCUUUYCAUCGCAUCGUGUGGUUCGCCUCGGUCGUAUACUUCUUCGCCAACGUAAAUCUAAUGGGAGCAUUGUUGCAAUGCAUGGGAGCGAGCAAUAGAGUAGGCAUGCGUACGACUGAUGUUGAUUCAAAAAAGGACUGAGAAAGGACAAACGUUUCUCUUCGAACUAAUAGCACAUAAGGCUAAAAUAAAAUUUCUUGCGACAA